AUGGUCGUCCGCGCUAUGCGUCAUACCGGCCACCGUCGACCACUUUUCACCACAAUCAUUAUUCUCUCCAUCCUAUGCUUCGUCUGGCUUCUAAAGCAGUCGUACGCUUCUCUAUCCUGGCGGGAGGAGUCUCCCAGCUUCUCAACCAAUCGAAUAGCCAAGGUGUCGAUGCUGUACGGGAAACCCAACCGGCUAUACGAGAGAGCGCUGCAGAGUCACAGCCGCCACGCAAAAAGAUGGGGAUAUUCUAUGCAUAUUCUGCGACAGGAUAUCUCCGUUGGGUUCUGGAAUAAACCGAGCUAUUUAUUGUCGUUGGUGAUUAAUGAACUAGCCAAACCUCCGGGGGAGAGGGUAGACUGGUUGAUGUGGGUUGACGCUGACUCGAUUAUUCUCAACGGUGCGGUGCCCGCUGAGAUUUUUCUCCCCCCUUCCGAUCUUGAUAAUAUCCACUUCGUCGCGACGAAAGAUCACAACGGCCUCAACACAGGGAUUAUCUUCCUGCAUGUCCACCCAUGGACCAUCAACAUGCUCGUCGAGAGUCUCGCUUACCCUCAGUAUUUCCCUAACGAGAAUCUGGGCCGCUCUGUAGAUCAGGAAAGCAUGGCACGGGUGCUCAAUAAAACAGCCGGCGGGCCCGAAGGACAUGGAUAUAAGGAUGGCAGGGUCUAUCUACCGCGCACAUGGAUCAACACGUAUGAAUGGACGCACGCUUAUGAAGGCAAAAAGGGCAAUUUGCUGGUACAUUUCCCCGGUCUUGAGGAACAGCGAUGGUCGCAUAUGUCUAAGUGGUUGGAUAUCAUUGAAAUAAGGCCGGGAGAGUGGGAGGUUCCAUUGGAGAAAACGGAGUAUUUGAACCAGACUACGGCAUUCUGGGCAAGGCUACGAACAGCAAGGGAGACCAUCACAUUGAUGGAAGAAAAGGUUGGUCUGAUGCCAAAUGGGACUAUACGUCAGAUUGACGAGGUGCAAAAGACGCAGAUGGCAAUUGGCGAGUUGAAGAGAGUGUUGCAAGAGGAGGCCGACAAUGUUGAAGUGGUCCAACAACGCCUGCAGGAGUUGAACGCCAUCAAGGAAUCAGUCCCAGUUUGA